AAUUAAAAGGUACAUUGACAGGUGAUACACAGUCAUCGGUAACAAGAUCAAAAGGAGCUGAUUAUUAUUAUGGAUGUCGACCUUAUUCAACCAUUGGUUGGCCUGAACAUGAAAAUUUAAGAGAUGAGCGUGUCGAAGCAUUUCGAUCGUUAUUAUGGCCUGGUGUGUAUGAAUGGAGUUAUAUAAUGCGUGCAACAUGUGCUGGAAUAUUUGUUAUUCCACCAGCUAAAGCUGAAGAAAUGUACUCACCAGAAAACUUUGGUCGAUGUGCAACAGAAAGAGCUAUAAUUGAAUAA